CGUACCAAUAAUACUUGUGAAAAUUUCCAUAUGCACGCAGCCAAACUUAUUGGGGUUCACCAACCCACUUGGACCAUGAUGUUUAUCGAUCGCCAACUCAUGCCUGAGGUACCCCAACCUGCAGAGCAGCAACGGCAGAGAGCUAUGGCACCACGUAAUCGUCAACCACGACGUGAUGGCCGCCGCAGCAGGGCCACCAGCCCCUGCAGCAAGAUCUCGAGGGCGCCGCCGUCGCCCACCACUGCAAGCUCCCAUCCAGCCGAAUGCCGAACAUGCUGAUGUCGCAGUUCCUGAAGUAGCACCAGUCCCUGCGACAAGAUCUCGCGGGCGUCCCCGUCGAGUACCACUGGAAGCUCCCAUCCAGCUGAAUGCGGAACUAGCUGAUGAGGCAGCUCCCGAAGCGGCAGCGGCAGAGAUACCGCAGGCCCCACAACUAGUUCCACCAGAACAGAUUGCACCUCAUCCACGAGUGGCAAUUGACGAGGCACCGGUUCCUUUGAGGCACCAAGAACAUCCACGCCGAGGUACACUGCAAGCUCCCAUCCAGCCGAAUGCCGAACAUGUUGAUGUCGCAGUUCCUGCAGUAGCACCAGCUCCUGCGACAAGAUCUCGCGGGCGUCCCCGUCGAGUACCACUGGAAGCUCCCAUCCAGCUGAAUGCCGAACUAGCUGAUGAGGCCGUUCCCGACAUGGCAGCGGCAGAGAUACUGCCGGCCCCACAGCUAGUUCCACCAGAACAGAUUGUACCUCAGCCUCAGGUGACAGCUGGCGAGGCACCGGUUCCUUUGAGGAGGCACCAAGAGCAUCCACGCCAAGGUACACUCCCAGCUCCUAUGCGAAGAGCUGCAGAACCAGUUGAUGAUGCACUUCCAGAAGAGCCAGAGCCAGCGGCCCUUGGGGACAUUGCACCACGGGACCAUGCAGUACCUCGCGGAGCAGCUAUGGAGGUAGAGGGGAAUGAAGAACCACCCAGGAAAAAGAAAAAAACCAGACGAGGCGGAAAACAACAUCAAUGCGGUGUAUGUGACGAGAAAAAGACCCUUCAACGACUGAAACCCUGCAAUCACCGUCUCUGUGUUGCAUGCAUAAAAAGCUGAUUACGAGAUAUUGUCCAUUCUGCAGAGGAAAUAUCGAAAGCUAUUUACCGGAAAGUGGAAUGGGUGGCGAGAAGUGGAAUACCGGAGUGGUUGACGAAAUUCAGCGAGAGUGGUACGCGCACGUGCUCAGAGAUAUAGCGGAAGAGAGAAAUGAGGAAGAUGAUGAAUUUCCUCCCUUCAUAUAAUAGAAAUUAAUUCCAAAUUCAUUUAUCACUUAUU